AUGAAUUUUUUCUUGCUGCUAAUGGGCACCUUUAUGGGCGCGACGAUUGUGAUAUGGUUCAAAAACAAAUUUCAGAGAAACAUCCCUAGAAGGUCAUCAUUGUCAUUGCUGACAUCUCUUGCACCAGUAAGAUCAUCCUCUCCUGCUGCGUCAAAUCGAAGAAGUGACAAUAAGGAUCUUUCAGUUGAGAGGAAUUUUCAGAAUAGGAUUAAAAAAACCCCACAGUCUCUAGCUACACUGAUGAAAACACUGGUGAACCUAAGGAUUCUGGAAUUCAAACUGGCUGAACUGGAACAUCUCAUAGCUGGCAUGACUUUGAAUGUUGCAUCACUUAACCAGAGUGAAUCUGAAUCCAGUGAAAAUUUUUUGGAAUGUACUAGCAGUGCUGGUCGUAAUUAA